UUCCUUCACCAAACCAAAAUGCUUGCUGCGCUCAAAGCUGAAGAAUCGAGCGGCCAGUUGCAGCUCGUGGAACGCGAAGACGUUGAAGACGAUGAUGACCUCUUCGAAGCCAUCGAUAAACUGAUCUCUCAAGGAAUCAACGCUGGAGAUGUGAAGAAGCUUCAGGACGCAGGGAUCUAUACUUGCAAUGGGUUGAUGAUGCACACAAAGAAGAACUUGACUGGAAUCAAAGGCUUAUCUGAGGCUAAGGUCGAUAAGAUCUGUGAAGCCGCUGAGAAGCUUGUGAAUUUUGGUUAUAUUACUGGAAGUGAUGUGCUGCUCAAAAGAAAAUCUGUGAUCCGAAUUACAACAGGAAGCCAAGCGCUUGAUGAAUUGCUAGGAGGCGGAAUCGAGACAUCGUCAAUUACGGAAGCAUUUGGAGAAUUCCGUUCUGGGAAAACGCAGCUUGCACAUACUCUCUGCGUUUCAACUCAGCUUCCAACAAGUAUGCGGGGAGGCAAUGGAAAAGUUGCUUACAUUGACACAGAAGGAACUUUCCGACCUGACCGAAUUGUCCCGAUAGCUGAGAGAUUUGGCAUGGAUCCUGCCGCUGUUCUGGACAAUAUUAUAUAUGCUCGUGCCUACACUUACGAGCAUCAGUAUAACCUUCUCCUUGGUUUGGCUGCUAAAAUGUCCGAAGAACCAUUCAGACUUCUGAUAGUGGAUUCAGUCAUUGCUCUGUUUCGAGUGGACUUUUCAGGAAGAGGAGAGCUGGCAGAGCGCCAGCAAAGACUGGCACAGAUGCUUUCUCGAUUAGUAAAGAUAGCUGAGGAAUUCAAUGUUGCAGUUUAUAUGACAAAUCAAGUUAUAGCCGAUCCGGGAGGUGGAGUGUUUGUAACUGAUCCGAAGAAACCAGCCGGUGGGCAUGUGCUGGCCCAUGCAGCCACAAUAAGGCUGAUGUUCAGGAAAGGGAAAGGGGAACAACGCGUUUGCAAAGUGUUUGACGCCCCAAACCUUCCAGAGGCAGAAGCCAUAUCCUUUACCUGA